AUGGAACAUACUCUCAAAUGCAACGUUCUAAAGUGUCGAAAAGAGCUCAGUGACCAGGCCCUGGUUACCACGUGCAGCCACAUAUUCUGCGUAGAGUGCUCCAAGCGCCAUGGCUUGACAGGCCAAGCUGCGGAUCGCCGCAAGUCGUGCCCGGCUUGCGAGUGCCAGCUCAACAAUCCAGACGAUGCCGUGGUGACCAACUUGAAUCUGACCGAGGACUACAAGACGAGCGUUCUCAGCGGUCUGAGCCCCAACAUCAUCAUGGAGUGCGCAGGAAGGGCCCUGAGCUUUUGGGCCUACCAGACGACCCAAGAAGUCAUAUACCAGCGCUACCUGGAAAAGAAACUGACGGAGAAGCUCAAAACUCUGAAUGUCAAGUUCGAAAAGACAGUUGGCGAUGCGAAUGCCGACAUUUCGGGUCUCCAGGAAAAGAACCGAGCUCUUUCAGAUGACUACGACGACAUGCGACGGAAACACGAAGAGCUUGCGCGUUCCUACCAAGACAAGUGCCGCAAGCUCACACGCGUCCAGGAGCUCUACGAUAAAGUCAAAAGGAAAGCCGAGUUGGGGCAGAUGGAGGCUGCCGCUUCGGAUGCAGUUGACUCCAAUCUCCAAUAUGGCACACAAUUACCAGCCUUUGAGUUCCCCGAGCCCGCGGCGAGGCAGAAUAUCUACGAAAAGCAGUCGGAUUCUUUUUACAACAAUGCGCACUCGUACGUUGGGCCGGAAAGGGGAUUUCGACGAGUGCUUGCCGGCGGAGGAGGCUCUGGGCCGUUACGGGAAGAUAGAGCUUGGUCAAAACUAGGACCUGUGGCACCAUCAGCACGCCACGAGGUACACCCCGAGGACAUGGCAGUGGCAGCCAUGGGAGGUUUGGGUUAUCGACUGCGCCCGGGCUGGGUACGGGAACGGGAACACCCAUGCCUCGCGGUCCUUCGGGGAAUCUCCCACUUGCAAGGCAUCCGGCUACGUCACGUGGACGAGGCCUAG